AGGAAGGUAAUGAAGUAGAUCUGCUACCGCAGUAUACAGUAUGUGGAUGUAGUAGCCCAAACCACAGUUUUGCCCGAUUUGCAUGCCUUGCCUCCAUUGGCUGGAGAGUCUCAUCGCUCUUUUUUUUCCCCCUCGUCGCCUCUAAAAUACGCUACUGGGAGGGGACGGACCGGGCGUAAGUCGGUGUGGCUGUUCGGCUCCCUGGUUUGCAGCAUGUCGGAGCAAGGCGAGUUGAGCGGUCUGGCCGAUGAGGAAGCCUAUAGUGCCUGUUCCGACCCUGAUCCCAGCACGAAGGACUUUCUUAUGCAGCAGACAAUGCUAAGAGUAAAAGAUCCUAAAAAAUCACUGGAUUUUUAUACUAGAAUUCUUGGGAUGACCUUACUUCAAAAAUAUGAUUUUCCUUCUAUGAAGUUCUCCCUCUACUUUUUGGCCUAUGAAGAUAAAAAUGAUAUUCCAAAAGAUAAUAAUGAGAGGAUAGCAUGGACCUUUUCUAGGAAGGCCACAAUAGAACUGACACACAACUGGGGCACUGAAAAUGAUGAGAAACAGGCUUACCACAAUGGCAAUUCAGACCCCAGAGGAUUUGGUCACAUUGGAAUUGCUGUUCCUGAUGUAAAUAAAGCUUGUAAAAGAUUUGAAGAACUGGGGGUAAAAUUUGUAAAGAAACCAGAUGAUGGUAAAAUGAAAGGCCUGGCUUUUAUUCAGGAUCCUGAUGGCUACUGGAUUGAAAUCCUGACCCCUAAUCACAUGGUGACUUUAAUCUAGGUUAAAAAUAACAACAAUGCACUGUGAGCAUCCGUCAAUAAACUGUUGUAACUUCUUUCAGGGAAAACAAUUGAUAUAAUCAGGAGCGGGUUGGGAAAGAGUAGCUGAUUGUGUAUUCUGUUUCUCCUCUCCCUACUUAAUUUAUGAAUUUUGCUGUGAACGUGAACACUUUUAGUGUAACAUAGGGGAAGAAUGAUUCAGAUUGGAGGUUAGGGAGUGAGCAGACAUGUACUGAUGGUCUCAAACUCCUUUCUUUUCCUUUUGUGUGCAAGGAGAGAUGAGAAGCUCAAUUUUGGCAAUUUCCUACUCAGUCUGAAGACAAAAUAUUCUAAUAUUUUUAUUUUGAGGCAUGUAAACCUGUGGUUUGAUGUGGAUCAUUCUCAAAACCAGUGUUAACAUCUUUAUCAAGGUGUGAGCUUCCAAAUCUACCAUAGAAAAAACAGCUUUUAGCUUUUUGUUAUUUAGAAAUUUGCUUCUGUUUCUACUAAGCAGGGAUCUCUUGGGGUAGAACAAAGCUUCAUAAUUGAUUUUUUUUUAAAUGAUGAACCACAAUUAGGACAAAUCAUGUGAAAUCAAGUGAAAUAGGGCCAACUUUUUUAAAAAAAAUAUUAUUUUGCCAUAGUGCCUGAAUGCAGUCAAAUGUUCUGAAAUUUUUCUUCUGGAAAAAUGUUUACCUUGGAACCCUUUUUAUGGUUGGUGAAUUCCGUAGUGAAAUACAAAUUGAUUCUUGCCCCUAGUCUAAAUAAAGGUUGCAGUAUUUGGAUCAUUUUGAAGUGCUGAAAAAAGUUGAAAAUGGCAAUUUAAGACUUUUUUUCUGGAAGAAGAUGGAAAAUAUUAAAUACUUGCAUACUAAA